AAUAUCUUCACGCAAAAGUAUGUUGAUACAGCGACAUCUUUUGACAAGUAGUUGAAAUAAAGUACUAUCUGCUCUACCAACUCUUUAUUGACCAAACGAAGUACGAUACUAAAAAAAUGGAGGACCCUGAAAAGCAUAUCCCGAUUCUUUGUUUAGGACCUAAGGGAUCCGGUAAAACCACUUUACUCAAGAAAUUACAAGAAGCUGAAGGGAUAGACUACACUUACAGUCCUGUGCCCACUAUAGGAACAAAUAUUUACGACAUCCAACAUCUGAACAAAGCUGGGAAGAAGCAAGUGCUUUCAAUUCGGGAAGUUGGCGGUGUAAUGGCACCACUCUGGAGCAAUUACUUCGAAGGUGUUGAGAAGGUAAUCUACGUAGUUGACACAUCAAACUUAUGCCAAAUCUCCGCGACUGCUGUUUUACUGUACACAUUGUUGGCUGAACCGAAGCUGAAGAAGGCUAAGUUUAUUUUAGUGUUGAGCAAAAUGGACGCAGCGUACAGGCAAAUGCGCAACGAAGCCUUGCUAAUGCUUCAAUAUACUCGACUAAGCAACGAACUGCAAAACAAGCCCAUCCUUCUAGAAGUCUCUCCCCUAACCGGCACUGGACUGGACGCCCUGCGUACUCACCUUGCAGAAACCAAACGUUUCACGCCGCCAGUAAAUUAAAUAUGAAUUGAAAUUACCAAACAAUGUUUCAU